AUGCUCCUCCUGCCAGCACCGGCUGACCGAAUCCAUGGCCCCGCCCCGAUCCACCAUCCCCUCGGGCUGCAGGUGGAAAAUGUCAUGAAUCUCCUGGGGCUGCGGCACAUCGCCAACACCCCGGUUGGAUCCGGCAGCGCGGGGCCCGUGCGCGGUGUAUCCGGAGGCGAGCGUCGACGCGUGUCCAUCGCGGCCCAGCUCAUCAGCGACCCGUCGAUUCUCUUCCUGGACGAGCCGACCACCGGCCUGGAUUGCUUCACCGCCCACCACCUCCUCCGGACGCUGACCGACCUCACCCGCAAGGGCAAGACCGUGAUCUUCACCAUCCACCAGCCCCGGAGCGAGGUGUUUGCCAUCUUGGAGAAUGUCAUGCUCAUGUCGCAGUUCCUGGAGAUGUUCUACCCGAAUGCCGUGAAGAACUUCGCCUACAACUGGAUCGGCGUCAGCGGCUUCCUGGUCGUUAUCUCGGCCAUCGCCGUCUUCUUGGUCGCCUUCGACCGGACGAGGGUCACCAGCUAG